AGUCUCGGUCUUACCACGGAGUUGCUGCGGCUUAAGCAGCAAUGGUGGAAGCCUCCCUUCUCUGCUGAUUCCUACCGUUCUCACCUCCAUCUUCUUUCUCUCUGGCUGGCAUCCCCCUUGUGAAGAGAGCAUUCGUAGGUCUCCGAUCGGUUCGGUCUUCGGCUUGUUUCUCCACGGAUUCACGACACCGAAGCACUGUUUUGAAGGCAAAGAACGGUUAAAGCACCUAUGGCUGUUUAUAAGAAAUUGGUUCCUCGAGCUAUCUUCAAUUUUAUACAUGUUGAUGUGGGAAUUAUCAGAAUCUCUAAAUAUUCAGUAGCUUCUUUGUCAAGAUUUGGGUAUGCACAGUAUAGUGAUGAUUUUUGGUUGAGAAGAUUGGACCAUAAGGAUUGGCUUGCACCAAAUGAAAUCCUGAAAAUAUUUAAGAAUGUCAGAGAUCCAGAGCUGAUUAUUGGUGCAUUGGAGAAGGCCUCUAGUCGUAUGGAUUAUAAGCCUAGUGAGGCUCUUUACAGUUUAAUAGUUGAGAAGCUUGCUUGUGCACGGAAAUUUGGUGUUAUUGAGGAUCUCUUGGAGAGGUCAAGACUUGAAAAGUGCGGACUUUCUGAUGAAUUCUUUCAUAACUUGAUAAAAAUAUAUGGCAAUGUUGCGAAUCAUCCAGAACAAGCCAUUAGGACACUCCUUAGGAUGCCAGAUUUUCAUUGUUGGCCAACAACUAAGACUUUCAAUUAUGUGCUCAACAUGCUUGUGUGUACUCGGCAGUUUGACAUCAUCCAUGAGGUAUACUUGAGUGCCCCCAGGUUGGGAGUUAGUCUUGACACCUGCUGCUUUAACAUUCUCAUCAAGGGCUUGUGUCAGUGUGGUAAAUUGGAUGCUGCCUUUUCCUUGUUACAUGAAAUUCCAAAACAGGGAUGUAAGCCCAACGUCACAACUUAUUCAACGCUAAUGCAUGCUCUUUGUAAGCAUGACAGAGUAAGUGAAGCAUUUGAGAUAUGUGAGAGAAUGGAGAGAGAAGGUUGCCAUCCUGAUACGAUAUCCUUCAAUAUAUUGAUUUCUGGUCUUUGCAAACAAGGGCGAGUGGCAGAGGGGAUGGAACUUCUAAAGACAAUGAAACUAAAGGGGUGCUAUCCAAAUUCAGGAACUAAUCAAGCACUUAUUUAUGGCUUGCUUAGCACUAACAAAUUUGUGCAGGCUAAACAUUUUAUGGACAUGAUGGUCUCUGAAGGGAGGAGGCCUAGUUUUUUGUCGUACAAGAUGACUAUUGAUGGUCUUUGUAGUGAGAACCUUUUAAAUGAUGCUGUUGUAGUAUUGAAACAAAUGGUACAACAAGGAUUUGUUCCUCGGAUGGGUACUUGGAAAAGGAUCCUUGAAUGCAUGUUCUAGAAGAUUAAUCAUUGUUGUUCCCUCAUUGUAAUAAUUUCUAUUGCUGUCAGCUGAUGGAACAAAUUGAUAGAAUGGCCAACAUAAAAUUCAUUGAUCGCGUGAGCAUAUAAAAGCCUGUAUUUUCUAAUAUGUUGAUUUGCAAAAUUUAAAGUAUAUUUAAAAGUGCAUUUUAAAAUUUUAUCCUACUGAGUUUCUCUAUUGUUGGUAGUACAUUUUAUAGUUUGACCUCUAGUUACAGGUGAUAUCUUUGGGAUUUCCAUCUGUGGUUUCCUCUAAAUUGACACCAUAUGGCAUUAAUCUAGUAGGUUGUACUAUUAAAGCAAGUCAGUUUUUUCCAGACUCCUUUUGCCUUAUGUGCUGCCAUUAUUUGUUGUCUUUAUAUUUGGAUGCUCCUGUUGCUUUGGUGAAAAUGCAUGGACGUCAACAACCUUAUCGUCAUAUCUAAGCUGCUUUUUCUUUCCUCUUCUUGACCGUUGUGUUGCUUUCCUAGUGGAUUGUUCCAUCUAGAAAUUAUGUCCUGCAUAUCCUGGUUGCAAGUGUCAUGAACUGUAUGGUUAGUAUUCGUCAAAGUCCGAGUUAUGACUUUACCAAGUAAAAUGGAUGAUGAAGUCGCUUCCCAAUUUUUUUUUUCUUUUCUACUGCAGUAAUGUGUAUCUUGUCCCUCUGGAAAAGUUUGCGCUCGGUUUAGAUAUGUUUUUUAUUAAUAUUUUAAUACUCCAACACUAGAUUUGGCUAUCUUUUUUCUAGUUUCUUAUUGUUCUUCUGCUUUUGUUAGUAUUCACCUUCUUUCUCUUUUUGAGCCAUCAUAAAUUAAUUAUAGUAAGGAUAAAGCAAGGGCUUGCAAGGGCGCCCCUUCCAUGUGCAACCUUUUGGGUAAAGUUUGGCUUGGGCUGGGUUUCUCCUUUAGUAAGUGACAUGCUGAACAAGCCAUCAAGAUGCUCCUCAGAAUACCAGAUUUUCGUUGUUGGCCUACAGUUAAGAAUUUCAAUUAUGCGCUCAACAUGCUUGUUUAUACUCGGCAGUUUGAAGUUAUCCAUGAGGUAUGCUUGAGUGCUCCCUGAUUGGGAGUUGGCCUUGACACCUGCUGCUUUAACAUUCUCAUUAAGGGUUUGUAUCAGUGUGAUAAGUUGGAUGUGCCUUUUUCUUGUUUCGUGAAAUUCCAAAGCAGGGAUGCUGGCCCAAUGCUACAACUUAUUCAACACUAAGGCAUUCUUUUUGUAAGCAUGAUAGAGUGACUAAACUGAAGCAUUUGAACUCUGUGAGAGGAUGGAGAAAGAAGUUCACUAUCCUGAUACAAUAACCUUCAAUGUACUGAUUUCUGGUUGUUGCAGACAAGGAUGAGCAGCUGAGGGCAUGGAAUUUCUAAAGAUAAUGAAGCUAAAGGGGUACUAUCCAAAUUCAGGAACUAAUCAAACACUUCUUUGUGGUUUGCUUGGCACUAAUGAAUUUGUGGAGGCUAAACAUUUCAUGGACAUGAUCUCUGAAGGCCUAGGUUUUCUGUCAUACAAGCUGACCAUUGAUGGCCAUUGUUGAGAACCUUUUAAAUGACGAUAUUGGUAUGGUACUGAUGCAAGUGGUACAAGGAUUUGUUCCUCAGGUGGGCACUUGGAAUGGGAUCCUUGCAUGUUCUAGAAGAUGGACUAUUACUGUUCCCUCGUUCCAUGACUUCUGUUGCUGUCAGCUGAUGGGAGUGAUUGAUAGAAUGGCCAAUGAAAAGUUCAUCUUGAUCGGGCGACCACAUUUUUUUAUUUACCAUAUGUUGAUUUGCCAAAUUAAAUGCAUAUCUAAAGAUGCAUUUUGCAAUCUUUUUCUAAUGAUUUUCUCAAUUGUUGGUUGUGCUCUUUAUAAUUUGAGCUCUGGUUACAGGUGAUAUCUUUGGAUUUCCUAUAUCUGGUUUGCUCCAAAUAAACACCAUAUUGCAUUAAUCUCGAAGGUUAUGCUAUAAAAGUAAGCCUGUUUUUCCC